AUGAUCCAACACAAGAGACAAGACACGUCAUCUUCAUCACGGUUGGCUGCUACUCCAGCUAAACAAUCCAGAACAGAAGAGCCACCAGAACCAAUAGAAGAAGAGCCAAAACAACCUGAACCAAAACAACCUCAACGAAAAGCUAGAGAGCCUUCACCAGAGCCCUCUCCUGAGCCUUCCCCAGAAGCCUCCCCGGAACCAGAACCAGAACCCCAAAAACCAGAGCCUGUGCCUCAGCCCGUCCCAGCACCACAGCCUGUAGCAGCACCAGUUGAGGUACAGCCGAAGCCACCCACCAAAAUUGAAGAAGUGAAGAACGACGAUAUGUAUAGCUUGGAUGAUGAAAGCCAUUCGCCACCUCCUGCUAAGGAGACCGUAGAAGAGCCAAUGGAUACUGAUGAGCAGCAACAAAACAAAAAGCCUGCUCAACGGAAAGAACAGAAGAUGGAUCAGGACGAAGAGAGCAAUCAGUCUCGAAAAGAAGAGGAAAAACAACGCGAAUUAACCGAGGAAGAAGAGUGGGAGAAACUGAACGAGCGUCUCAAGAUCCGUGAGCAAGAACGGAUCGAACGCGAGCGGAAACAAGCCGAGGAAGACGCCAAGCGCCUAGAGGAGCUCAAAAAUGACCCGGUGCGGCUGGGCCGUCUGCGGCGCAAGCAGGAGAAGAAGGCGCGGUGGAGCAACUUCUACCGCAGCGUUGAAGUCACCAACGAGGUGCUCACCCCACCCACCGAGGAGGACUUCCAAUCAAAACAAGAUAAGGACAAGAAAGAAUCGACUGAGCUGAAGAUUCCCGAACCCGAAGAGCUUAAUGACAACAAAAUUACAUUAUCUUGGUAUGACAGCGACUUAAACCAGUAUCUGGAGUUACCAGAGCUGAACUCAGUGGUGCCUCUGAGCGAGGGUGCCUUCUCUUACGCAUGGGCCGGAGCAAGGGCUUCGCACGGCGUCACCGGCGGACGAGUUUGCUAUGAGGUUCGCGUGGGCUCCGUAGUGACGACGACGGAAGCGAGCUUAGAAAAGGAGACCAUCUCUUCGGGACUCAGGAUUGGUUGGUCCACUGAAGACUCUUCAUUACAUCUUGGUGAUGGUGAACAUAGCUGGGGUUUGGAGACCUCCGGACGCGCUGUCAACAACUGCGAAUUCAAGGAGUACGGGCAACAACUAAACGAGAAAGACGUCGUCGGCGCCUAUAUUGACCUGGAGUCGUCCCCUUGCAAGAUCUCGUACACGGUGAACGGCACAGAGCUGGGCGUGGCCUACGAGUUCGAUAAGGCGGCGCUGAACGGCAAGCCGCUUUUCCCGCACGUGCUUACCAAGAACAUGUGCUACCGCGUCAACUUUGGCUACGACAGGUACAACAUGUUAACACGUACAAAAAUAAUACGCAAGCGGUUAGAGAUUCCUGUGGAGCAAGUUCUUGAAGAAAAAAGGAAACGAGAAGAAGAACUGCUGAAACAGAAAGAAGAGGCCGAACGGAAAGAAAGGGAACGACGGGAGAAAGAAAAGAAAGAACGCGAGGAACGAUUGAGGAAAAAGAGAGAGGAGCGAGAAAGAAUAGAGCGCGAAAGAAAAGAGAAAGAAGCUGCAGAAAGACGCGAACGUGGCGAGGAGCCAGAAGAAGAGAAGGAAAAAGAAGAUAAUCAAGAGAAAGACAAGGAAGCAGAUAGCGACAGUGAGAAGAAGGAUGAGCCGCAGGAAAAUGGUGACAAACAACCUCCUGCCGAAGUGAAAACUGAAGUAAUGGACACCGACUCCACAGAGAAGCCUGAAGAGCCCGAGUCCAAGGGAAACGCUGACGUUAAAGGCGAGCCAGGUUCAGAUGUAAAGAUCCCCGAAGUGACUGAAGAACAAGUCCUCAAAGGACACGUUCUGGACAAGAGGAUCAAGUUUGUCAUCAGGUACACUGUCGAAGAAGAACUCGACGGCACGGAAGCGUGUUUGGUUCCGGGCUAUCAUUUGAUCGCAGAGGCCGACCUCGUUGACGGGCCCAGAAGGCCCAAUUCCCUCGCAGAAUGUGAGGUGAUCCUGAUGGUGGGCAUGCCGGGCUCGGGCAAGACGUACUGGGCACGCGCGCACGCCGCCAAGCACCCGGAGCGCCGGUACAACAUCCUCUCUACCGGCGCGCUCUUCGACAAGAUGAAGGUGGACUGUAAACCGUUCCGAAGCACGUACGAGGGCCGCUGGGACGCUAUGGUCUCCAAGUGCGCCAAAUGCGUGCUUAAGUUAUUGGAAAUCGCCAAAGGACGCAGGAGGAAUUUCAUUCUCGAUCAGACGAAUGUGUACCCGUCGGCCCAGAGGCGCAAGUUGAGGGAAUUCGACGGCUACCGGCGAGUCGCGGUGGUCGUAGUCACUGACGAGGAAACUUACCUCGAGCGGCAGAAGAAACGCGAGGAGGCGGACGGCAAGGAAGUCCCUGACGGAGCUGUUAUGGACAUGAAAGCGAACUUCACGCUGCCGGAGGUGGGGUCGUGGAUAGACGAGGUCGUCUUCCCGGAGCUGAACGAAGAGGAGUGCAAGAAGGCCCUGGAAGGAUUGCACAAAGAAGCUAGAGCGGCUGGGGUGCUUCGUGAGAAAGAAAAGCGCGAUCGGUCCGAAGGGCGCGAACAACCGCCGCACAAGCGGGCGCGUGACGACGACCGCAAGCGCCGUGACGACCGGCGGUCGCGCGACGGAUAUUCACGCGAUAGAGGUGAUGAUGUAGGGAUGGUACGGAGAUGGUUUUAUCAAAAGCGGAAGAACCAGAAGCCUGAUAACGACCCUCGCGGAGUCGGAGGCGAUUCGGAGUCGGACGUAUCGAUUGAGAAAAAGGAUCGCUGGGGCGGUGGCGGUGGCGGUGGCGGUGGCGGCGGUGGAGGUGGAGGCAGCGGGCGUUGGGGUCCUGCCGGUGGGCGUGGCGGUGGGGGUGGCACUCGUUGGGGUCGCGACCGCAAUACGGGACCUCCGGGGAGAUUUGGGGGGGACCGCUGGGGCGGAGGCGAUAUACCUAGCAACGACUACGGCGGUGGCCGCGACCGCGACAACAGCUUCCGCGGGGGUCGCGGCGGCGGCGCUAGGCCCGACCGCCCGCCCGGUGGCCCCCCCGGUCGUGGACCACAGGGGGGCCCGCCUGGCGACAGAGGCCGCUUUAACCAGAACGACAACAGGCCUAACAACAGGGGACCUCCGCCUAACAAUGAUAAGAGGCCUCCUCCGGGACCAGGUGGCGGCGGAACUGGGUCAUGGCAACGCGGUGGCCAAUUACAGCAAAACAAUCGUGGUGGCAUGCAGAACAGGAACCACGGCGGACCGGGUGGACCAAAUAGGAAUCCGAAGGACGGUCCAAAUCCGCCAAACCAACAACAACAGGGCUGGAACCAGUGGGCCAGCGGAUGGGGCGGCUGGGGUAAUUGGAACAACCAAGGUUGGGGCAACUGGGGCAACUGGCCGCAGUGGCAGCAACAGGGCGCGCAUGGCGGCGCCAACGCCGGGGGCAAGGGCGGUCAGCAGCAGCCACAGCAGCAGCAGGCGCAGCAGUGGCCCGCCAACUACACUGCACAGCAGUGGUAUCAGUGGCAGCAGUGGCAACAACAGCAGCAGGGCUGGCCUGGGCAAUACCAACAAGGGCAAGCUGGCGGCACGCCAGCCGACGCGCAGGCGUGGGCGCAGUACUACCAGAACUACAACGCUAACGCGCAGCAGCCGCCGCCGGCACAGGACAAGAAGUGAUAGUUCCGUUUUAGUAUGCCCAUGCCUAUUAAUAUGUAAAACUUCACGCGGUACAACUUCAAUAAUUCAAUACACUACUGCCUUUAUAACUGAUACCAUAUUACGUAUUAUGUAACAAUACUUUGUUGUAUGAUAGUCAAGUAUUUUGUAAAUUACUUACCAAAAGUGUUUCGACAAAAGCGGUUUCUCUGUAUUUAGGUUGCCAUUCUAUAUUAUCUUCUAUUUACACUGGACAAUUUUUAUUUACUUAAAAGUCAUGUGUAGUUAGUAGAGCUUGGGAACCGGCAUAAUUUUCGAAUUGGUUCUGCUCUAAUACAUACAUAGUUUCGGUUUUCAUUAACCGAUAUUUUAUUAACUGGUUCCGUACAGAGCUAUUAAAACGUAUUAUUUAAAUAUUAACUGAUAAAAAUUUAGACCAAUAGUGAGCAAAGGCGGCGCUGAACCGUCUUCAGCUACUUGCCGCGCAAUAUCUAACUAUUUCGAUGCAAUUAUUUGAAAUAAAUGGUUUUUAUUAUAACCGGUUUCAAAACUAUUUUCAUGCCGAAUUUGACAUUCAAUGUAAACCUUUGUGAACAGUUCUGUUUCAAACCAAUAAGAAGCCCUGCACUACAUCUACAGGUGUAGUUUCUCGUAUGUCUUUUGUGCUGUAAAACCAGGUAGAUCGGCGUGGAUUAAUAAAGUUGUACGCCAAAUUUGCAAAUAUAUUACAUAUUAACAUGCGUCCGUUAUUUUUGUCAAUGAAUUAAAUCUUCAACUAAUUGACAUUUUUUGUUUACUUAAAUAAUAAAUGUAGGUAUUUAUAAAAAGAGAUACAGAAGAACUUUAAUACAUCAGGCACGAUUGUAAAAAUCACCGCGAUUGGAAUUUUAGUUGGGUGACUGUUUAAGAUGGCCCGCGCCUUAUUAACAGGGCGGUGGAGAGGGUGAAGAUAAAAGGACAUAGGAACGGGACAGCGAUAUUGCGCUCUCUCCCGCUUACCAGUAAGGCACAAUCGGGUACUGGCCUUUUGUAAAUGCGAGUAAUGUGAAUAACUGCAGUCGUUAACCGCUAUCGGUAUAGAUUUUCUUCUUAAUGUGUCAAUGACAUACACUGUAAUGCUUUUGCCAUGAUGGUGAAAGGUUUUCUGUCGUCCCAUAACUAAAAUGCGGCUAACUGACAAAAAUUUUUUUUUACAUAGCGUAAAAAAAACCAUAACCCAGUUUUAAAAUAUUGAAAUUGUUCAAUUAUAUUUUAUUCAGCUACGCAACGUUAGGGUAAGUUCCGAUAAGUCGAGCACGUUAACUAAUUUUAACUAUUUUUAAAAGAGAAUUUUGUGCUCUAUUUUUUUGCUACCGGAUAUUUGAACCAUUUGUCGGUAAAGGCCCAUUUAGAUGGAGAGAGUUUAUCGUCUCGAAGAUACGAUUAUCGAAAGAAUACAAACAUAGUUUCCUCGUCUAAACAAUCGCGAUUAUCGA